AUGUGUCCAUAUAGAUAUUUCAUCAAUCGAUGCGCGGAUGAUCUUUCUGGCACAAUACCGGCAGGUACCUUAACGGUAAACGGUAGAAGGGCAUCUAGAACCAGGACAAGCACAAGUUGUCAUCCUUGUACUCGAGAACUUGAUGUCAAACCUCAAAUCCCGGGCUUUCUCCCAAGACCAUUGACGAUCCAGGCUUUACGGCUGGCUGUUCAAAAUCACGAAGAGCUGGUGGAGCUUCAAUCUAGACGAGUGAUGCUGGCAUCAAUAAAAAAUAUUGGCUGGUUCGAUGGUGAAUAA